AUGUGCUUUAAGUAUCUUCGCAAACGAGAGCGAGCUAAUCAAGACCUCGCCGGCGAGCAAUCUUUUGACAGCGAAAGCGAAAAGCCGCACGGCAGCUCUGUGGAGCUUGACAAAAUUCAAUCUCCCGUGGCCUCUCCUUCGACUUUAAUGUUUUCGCUCUUCUCAACAGCAAGCGGGAAGUCAAUUCAAAUCAACGAAGCGGCCCUCCAAAAGGCAAGAAUACGGUACAAUCUUGGCGAAGAAGAAAAUAUUAUUAGCAAUAAUGAUAUUAAUAAUAGCGAUGAAAAAGAUCAGAAAGCGUGUGAAAGUAGAAGUGAUAACGCGAUAGCAGAGCGAAACGUGCCUGCUGGAGAAGAAACCGCGCUAUCAUCCAAUAUAGACGUUUCCGCCGGGGAGGGCAGCCCCCGGAGCUCCCUUCCCGAGGCUUCGGUUUCGAAUAAUCUGAGCAUCUCGGACAAAUACCCAUCACCAGAAAGCGAAAAACCACCUCACGAUUCCAACAAAAGUGAUAAGGCCACACCAAAUGAAGAUAAAGAGACAAUACACCGAACCCCCGCGAAUACAGCUGUAAGACGACCCACACGCAAGGGCUUUGUUCCCCCUCGAAUUCUCUCCAAUCCCCCGCCUUCUGUAUUGCGUUCAAACCCUUUAGAAGAGAAGGCGGAACCCAACACCAAAGAAACCACCGCUGACCCAGCAAAGAAAGAAAAGGCUAAAACGUCAGGGUUUCUUUCCUUUCCGUAUCGGGCGCUGACCUCCACCGCGCCCUUAGACCUGCCCACGGUGGAGGACAUCGCGGAGGGGCGGUUUCACUUCACGCGGGCGGAAUGUGGGGAGGCGCUGCGCGAUGUCUUCGGCUUUCCCGACCCCGGCGCGCGCGAUGAACGAAAUCCAAAGGCCGCGAAUCCCGAAAAUCCAAAAUCGACCGAAUCCGCCGUCCAUCCCGCGCGUUGGCGGCGGCUGUUGGUGAGCCUGGGGGCCCACGCCCCGUCCUGCACCGAGGUGGUGUGCGGUGAAAUGGUGAGGGCCGCCAUGCUGCAGGUGCGGGAUAUUUUUUGCAAAAGUAGCGGCCGUUGGCCGACCCCGCCCUCCUCCCCCGCGGCGGCUCCGCUUUUUACGCCAACAUCGACGGCGAUGUGCGUUUGUCUUCGCUAUAAUCGCGAGUUCGUCGAAGGCGAUCGCCCGCUCUUCCGGAAGAUCACCGAAGGCGACGUCUCCGCCGCGGUGUUGGGGGUGGUGACCGUCGUCGCCAUUUCCCACGAGCGCGAUACCCCCCACACCCGCCUGAUUCGCGUCUCGGACGGCUUUUAUCACCUUCAGGCCGCGUUGGAUGUCCCGCUGAAUCGCCUGGUCCGCGAAGGGGGGCUUUCGGUGGGGCGGAAAAUCGCGGUUUGCGGGGCGCGCUGUCUUUUACGCGCCCCAUGCCCCCCAACGGAUUGUCUGGGGGAGGUCGUCUUGCGCUAUAACUACAACUGCGUUCGCCCGGUGAGCGCGGAAAGUAAGGUGGGAUUUUGCCUUUUUGAGCCCCUGGCGCUGGGGAUCGGGGAGGUCCAUCCGCACGGGGGGUUGGUUCCCGCGCUGGAAGGGGUUGUGGUUCGGGUGCUGCCGCCUUUUUUUGUCAACCAAUCCCACCUCUCAACGGGGGGGGGAAAUGCCAGGGAAAGGCACGCGCGAUUCGCUAAUCCCACCCCGCCCUCCGCGCAUUCGAUCAAGACGAUACGAAAUUUCACCUCCCAGUUGCGUUAUGAGCAUAGCCUUUCCACCCAACACGAGGAUGGAGGGGGGGAAGGCGCCGCCCGGAUAAAAGUCUCGUGUGUGGCCUCCAUCCUACUCCGCUGUGAAGGCGGGGAUGCGUUGAUUCAGCACUGGAAGGAAAUCCCAGAGCCCGAACGCGGCUCCUCCCACACGACCGAGGGGGAUGAGGAGGCCUAUUACUCGCAGCUCCCAGUAGAGGGCUCGGCGGUGGUGGUAUAUGGGGUGAACCCGAGCCGAUCACAAACCGCCGGCCCGCCUUUUCCCCACGCCAAGCUUUUCUACGCCUCGCGGGCGCUUCAUUACCAACCCCGCCCAAGCCCCAAUCUCCCCCCCUCUGAUGGCCGUCCGACUUACGCCUCGCUGAACCCGGGAGAAGAACCCUUCAAGAUGGGAGGGGUGGUGGAUCUUGCCGGGGUCUUUGUCGGUGCCCAGAAGACAAUGCAGGGAACGUUUUAUCUUUUUCUGCUUUCGGAUGGGAAGUAUGCGAUUCUGCAGGUGCCCCUCCCCUCCCCCACGCGCGCCAUCGCCCUUGAGGUCCCUGCCAAGGCGGAAGGGGGGGGGUUCAUCGUAAUGAAUUCAACUUUUAUCUGUUAUGAGGAUCCGAAGUGCGGAUCGGACUGCGCGCGGCUUUUUGCGAAUGAAUAUACCCUAUGCACACAGCGGGCGAGCUCGCCGGCGGCGAAGGCCGCGAUGGCGGCGUUGAGCGCGCAGGCCAAGGCUUUUGAGAGAGGCGACGUCAAGUACGCCGCGCGGCGGGCGGAGAUUUUCCGCAGCGCGUCCGAGGCCCCGAGUGCGGGCCAUGCGGAUCACCCUUAUCCCGCCCCUGCACCGCAUCCCAACGACAAGGAUCGCCCUCUUAUCAAUCAUUCUCAUCCCAACGAGGAGGAAACUAUGGCGCUCGCGCAGAAUCUCAUGUCAUUUCAUCCCGUGGAGCCGCUGCAUUCUCUCACAGCGGUGGCCGCGAAUGGGAAACGCGUUCCUUAUUAUCUUCGUGAGAAUCAUCCUGCCAAGGCGGGUUUAAACGGCGGGGUGGUCUUUCCAAAACCCACGAUCGAAGCCGCGAAAUCGACCCCGGCAAGUUUAUCCACCUCCUCCACCUCCCAAGAGAAUAAAAACCCGAAAAACUAUUAUCAUUGGUAUGGGAAUCUCAUCGAAAUGGCCUUCGUCCGCACCGCCAUCCCAAUGCCAUCGUCGCUAUCGAGCGCGCAUCGCGUUGAGGACGGGGAAGCGGUGAUUAUCUUCAGCGAAACCCAACGCGAUCUUUCCCCCAGUGGGGCCCUUUUAAGGCCCGAGAUCGCUAAUCCACCGCCGUCCCGGCAAGCCUCCAGGGUUUGCAGGGUAAAAUGGCGCUAUGGCUCGUCGGGGGAGGUUGGAAAGGGGGAAAUUCGGGACCCCGCGGUGCUGGAUUCGCUUCUGGAGCCUUGCAUCUCCGCUCAGACGUUGAUCACGACGAGCGUGGAUAUCCGCCAAAUCGAGUUCUCCAUCCCGCGAACGGAAUUACUGAACCGCUGGCGAUCCUCGACGGGGUUUUGGUGGAGGCUUUUGACCCAAUCCCGCGUGUUGGAGGGCCCCGAUUCGGCUGAAAGACCCGCGGAGGAUGAAAACGAGUGCGCGCUCUGGCUGGCGAGUGAAUGGCGUAUCGCGCAAAAGCUCAUCAAGGAUGCGCUAAACGGGGUUCUUUUCAAAUUUACCGUUCGCGAAAAUGUGAUGGAGCGGGUUUUUUACGUGACCAAUAACUGCUUUGUUUCGCAAAUGUUCUGUGAUUCAUAG